AACAGCCACAGCACCCUAACCUCCAUCAGCACCACCACCACCAUGAGUGAUUCAAUGAUAUAUCAAACACUGCAAACAUGUCUGCCCAAAUCGCGCCUCAUUACCCUGUGGCUAGCCUUUACACUGGCGAUGUUGAUACAGGAGCCCAGGCGACAUGCGGCCACAGUAAAUGCAGCAACCGCUGGCGGUAGUAUGUUGGGAGAUGUUAAUAUAUCGGCUAUUUUGGAUUCCUUCAGUGUCAGUUAUGACAAAAGAGUAAGACCCAACUAUGGUGGACCCCCGGUCGAAGUUGGUGUCACCAUGUAUGUGCUAUCGAUCAGCUCGCUAUCUGAAGUGAAAAUGGACUUUACAUUGGAUUUUUACUUCCGUCAAUUUUGGACCGAUCCUCGUUUAGCGUAUAGAAAACGACCUGGUGUAGAAACACUAUCGGUUGGAUCAGAGUUCAUUAAAAACAUUUGGGUACCUGACACCUUUUUCGUAAAUGAAAAACAAUCAUAUUUUCAUAUUGCAACAACCAGUAACGAAUUCAUACGUGUACAUCACUCUGGAUCGAUAACAAGAAGUAUUAGAUUAACAAUUACAGCAUCCUGCCCCAUGAAUCUACAGUACUUCCCCAUGGAUCGUCAAUUGUGUCACAUUGAAAUUGAAAGCUUCGGCUAUACCAUGCGUGACAUUCGCUAUAAGUGGAAUGAAGGACCGAACUCGGUUGGUGUCUCGAGUGAGGUCUCGCUACCGCAAUUUAAGGUCUUGGGUCAUCGUCAGAGAGCUAUGGAAAUCAGUCUUACCACAGGAAAUUAUUCGCGUCUGGCUUGCGAGAUACAAUUCGUGCGCUCUAUGGGCUAUUAUCUUAUACAGAUUUACAUACCCUCUGGACUGAUCGUUAUUAUAUCAUGGGUAUCAUUUUGGCUUAAUCGUAAUGCUACACCAGCCCGUGUAGCUUUAGGUGUCACCACUGUGUUGACCAUGACAACUUUGAUGUCAUCGACAAAUGCUGCGCUGCCGAAAAUUUCUUAUGUCAAAUCGAUUGACGUCUAUCUAGGAACGUGUUUCGUGAUGGUCUUUGCCAGUUUAUUGGAAUACGCCACUGUGGGCUAUAUGGCAAAACGAAUUCAAAUGCGAAAACAAAGAUUUAUGACGAUCCAAAAGAUGGCUGAGCAAAAAAAGCAGCAACAACUUGAUGGGGUGCAACCGCCACCCAAUCCAAAUCCGAAUACGGUGGUGGAUCAUGGCGGACAUGGGCAUGGUCAUGGCCAUCACAGCCAUGGUCAUCCUCAUGUACCCAAACAAACAGUGAGUAACCGCCCAAUUGGCUUUCAAACUAUGCAACAACAAAAUAUUGGUGGUCGCGGUUGCUCGAUAGUGGGACCCUUGUUCCAGGAGGUGAGAUUCAAAGUGCACGAUCCCAAGGCUCACUCGAAGGGUGGCACCCUCGAGAACACGGUCAACGGUGGACGUGGUGGCCCGCCCGUUGGCCCGCAUGGCCCCGGACCCCAGGGACCGCCCGGUGGACCGCCAGCCGGCGGUGGCGGAGGUGGAGGUGGAGCACCGCCCGAAGGUGGUGAUGCUGAGGCCGCGGUACCAGCUCACUUGCUACACCCGGGCAAGGUAAAAAAAGAUAUUAACAAGCUCUUGGGCAUAACACCAUCGGACAUUGACAAAUACUCCCGUAUUGUGUUUCCGGUGUGUUUCGUGUGCUUUAAUCUCAUGUACUGGAUUAUCUAUCUGCAUGUCAGCGAUGUGGUGGCCGAUGAUUUGGUCUUGCUGGGUGAGGAAAAGUAAAUGGCAGCAGGAAAAGGCAAAAGAAGAAG